UGGUCUGCUCCGUCUUGCUGCCAUGUUGGAUGUACGCAUCGCUGCUGCGGCUGCAGGAGUUUCCGAAUGAAAGUUGAGCUUUUAUCCGCGUACAGGCACACAGCUAGUCCUUAAUUUUUUUCAUUUUACACAAAACUGAGAAGUUAAGUGUCUUUGUUAAGCAGGAACAAGCCUGCAAAACACCCCCUCCGGUCCUCCUCCGCCCUCCAGUUCGGAGUCGGACUCAGCGGAGAUGAUCCGGUUGCAGGCCACUGCAACCGGAGUACGCAUGGAUUUUCUGUAAUUAGCAGUGCUCGCUGAGUCCGUCCGGGCAUAACCGCAUCGUUUCGGGGGGUUAACUAGAAGAAUUUGGAGCCAUGAACAGCCACCCGCCGCCCCGCAGGGCUCUUAACGUCGGCUCCAUCCUCCUGACCCCGCAGGAGAACGAGUGCCUGUUCGGCUACCUGGGCAGGAAAUGCGCUACGCUGUGUUCGGCGGUGGUCCAGGUGUACGGCGCAGACCGGAGCUGCUGCUGGGUGAAGAGGAGCUGUGGCGUGGCCUGUCUGGUCAAAGACAACCCACAGAGGUCCUACUUCAUCAGAGUGUUUGACAUCAAGGAAGGGAAAACCAUGUUUGAACAGGAGCUUUACCACAACUUCUCCAUCAGCAGCACCAGAUCCUACUUCAUCUCAUUUACAGGCGAUACCUGUCAGAUCGGUCUGAACUUCGCCAGUGAAGAAGAGGCCAAAAGAUUCCGAGCCGCCAUCAACGACCUGCUCAACCGACGACAACGCAAAACUGAGAAGAGAGGUGACCCUAAAAAUGGUCCAGCUCUGCACAUGGCCACGGUGGACAUCAAGAACCCGGAGAUCAACAACGUCAGAUUCCACAACUCCCACAGCCACCAGCAGCCAUACCACCUCAACAACAUGCUGAGCCACAGUGGCUUGAACAGGAAGGACAAGAAGACCAAAGGCAAGAAGAAGAAGUUGACCAAGGCCGACAUCGGCACGCCCAGCAACUUUCAGCACAUCGGUCACGUGGGCUGGGAUCCAAACACAGGUUUUGAUCUGAACAACCUGGACCCUGAACUCAAGAACCUGUUCGACAUGUGCGGCAUCUCUGAGGCUCAGCUGAAGGACCGAGAGACGUCUAAGGUCAUCUACGACUUCAUCGAGAAGAAGGGAGGCGUGGAGGCCGUCAAGAACGAGCUCAGGAGGCAGGCACCCCCUCCACCCCCUUCUCGUGGCGGCCCCCCUCCACCUCCUCCGCCUGCACACAACUCGGCUCCACCCCCUCCUCCUCCGCCACCAUCCAGGGGGGGCCGGGGAGCCCCUCCCUCCCCACCCCCUCCUCCGUCCAGAGCCCCCGCCUCAGCUCCUCCUCCUCCGCCUCCCUCCAGACCAGGAACUCUGGGUGCCCCUCCUCCUCCACCCCCUCCCACCCGGGGAGGUCACCAGCCCCCUCCUCCUCCCCACCAUCAUCACCACCACCACCACCACCAGCCCCCCCCUCCUCCUGCUCCGUCAUCUCUGCACUCCUCCAUCGCCCCCCAAGCCCCGCCUCCUCCGCCUCCCCCACUGGCCCUGCAGUCCCCAGUAGGCGGCGGUGGCGGCGGCUCCGCCCCUGCUCCCCCUCCUCCGCCUCCUCCUCCCCCUCCCCCUCCUGGCCCCCCUCCCCCGCCGGAGCUGGACGGAGGCGGAGACUCUCCUCACUCGCCGAGCCCUGGCGGGAAGUCGGCGCUGCUGGAGCAGAUCAGAGUCGGCGCUCAGCUGAAGAAGGUGGAGCAGAACAACCGCGCGCCGGCCUCCGGCGUGGGACGAGACGCCCUGCUGGACCAGAUCCGACAGGGAAUCCAGCUCAAGAACGUGCCGGAUCAGCCAGAGUCCGGCCCGCCGUCGUCUGCUCCCACCGCGGGCAUCGUCGGCGCCCUCAUGGAAGUGAUGCAGAAGAGGAGCAAAGCCAUCCAUUCCUCAGACGAAGACGAGGAUGAUGACGAAGACGAGGACUUUGAAGACGAUGACGAGUGGGACGACUAGCGAAGAUUUCUUUACCCAGGUCCCCCACACCCCCGCCCCAUCUCUGCACCUCCCGCGGACACUAAAAUAUCUUCUAAAAAUCUUCCAGCAUCCGACUAAAAUUGUAAAUGUUGUAUGAAUUAGCUGCAUAUUUAUUUUUGCCUUUUUUUUUUUGCUUUUUCAAUUUUUUUUUUAAGAUUAUUAUUAUAAAUAAUCUGUGCAAUACCUCAUCUGUUAAAUCUGCAACGUUCGUCACACAUCCUCAUCGUUAAAGACGUCCUGUCAUUAGAAAGCACUUAACACCGCCAUCAGCACAACGUGGAGACCUAUCACUAAUCAGUCAUAUAAAACACUAGCUGCUCCACCGAGAGGAGUCUUCACGCGCUAUAAAAAAUAUAUUUUUUUGCGUUCCAUUUCUUCAUGUUUUCAUUCCUCGAAAGAAAGGGAAAAGGGAGACGUGCGUGCGACCAAACAGGCGGGAUCCUCUUUGUGUUUGACAGCGGUCGGUUUAAAUGCGAGAUAACACUAUUUUCUUACUGUGCUUCUUUUCGUACCUCCGAGUUUCCUAAAAAAAAUUGUAGUUUAGUCGUGUUCUUUU